UUUGACGGAUUCGAUUUUCGAUUCGAUCAAAAAGUGCGUUUUGUCUAGGGGGGCAGAUUUGUAUGCUCAUCAUAUUACGUCGAUGCCACCCCUCCCGUGCCGCAUGCCGCUUCCAUAGCAAAGCAACCUAGCAAAAUAAUAAAAAAAUCGUACAUUCGUUUGCCAUGUUAGCCUUUAAUUGUAUCGAUAUUGACUGGAUAAAGUUGUAACAAUUAUAAACACAAAUUCCACCUAAACGUAACUAUUAGAUAUACUUUGUAUUGACACAUUUAAAUGAAAUCUGAAACGAAACAAAUAAAGCCAUAUGGUGAUGUUAUGUUAAGUACCUAUUAACGUUUUGAUACGUCUACAUUUAUUAAUCAAUCUUUUCACUGCAUAAUCAUAAAGCAUUUUUGUUCCGAAUUAUUCAGACGUGUUGUUUCAUAUUAUAAACAUGAAAUAUUUCAUAUUAAUGAUAGUUUUGUCUGUAACAUUUGCUGAACACAUCAAUACAACUGAGGACACCGAGAAAAAUGCUUUGCGUGAAGGAAUAAUCAACGUUCAUGGGAAACCUCACAUGGAGUUAACGGUAAUAGACGGAGUAAAUCGACCACACCAACUGUCUUAUUACAAGCGACGAGCUGCGAAAUUAUUUCAAGAAGUGUACUUCAGCUACAACGUUGAGCAGCAAAAUGAAAGCACCUCCACGAUUGGUUACAUUGGUUUCCAGGUUCCACGACCUGGAAACCCAACUGCAAGAAUACAUAAAAUAUCUUCAGUAAAAAACGGCUUCGCCACAGCAAUCGAUUAUGCAAACAAUGUCAUUUAUUUAGGAGGAAGUGAAGGAAUAUACGAACAAAAUCUCAUGCUGGGUGGUCUAUCUGAACCUCAUUUGUUUAUUCCGAAUAGAAAUAUCUGGGACCUCUUCUUCAAAGACAACCUGUAUUUCAUAGAGUUUCCAUCGAGAAGGUUGUACAAGGUUGUACAAGUUAAUAAUAAAACCGAAUCGGUACAGUCACAUAUUCAUGAGAAGUUAUACCAAUUUGUGAUCGACGGUGAUGGAGAUACCUUCUUAAGUAAUAAGUCAGGGUUAUUCAUGAUAAGGAAAGACACAAACAAUCGUAUCCACAUUAAAGGAGCAAAAGCUUUCCGCGCCUUCAAGGUGAGUAGGAAGGGUGUGGCUUAUUUCUGUGGAAAGAACAAGAUUUAUGUCGCCGAUAAAGAAAAGGAAUCACUUGUCAAAAUUGCUUCUAUAAAAAAUAUUACUGGAUUGACCUUCGAUUACGACAAUAACAUGUACUUUUCUGAUCCACAUAGGAUUGCGAAAUUGUUACCUGUGUAGGCGCAGCUUAGGUACUCUUUUACUUUCAUCUGUAACACAACGUUUAUGUGAUUGGCAUAUAAUCAUUAUUUUAUUUAUUUUAUCUAAGAUUGUAUCCCUUGAUUGUCACCUGUUGUGUGUUCCUUAUUAAAUUCGCAAUCCUAUGUGGAUGUACCAAUCUUAAGAUUGUAAAUCCUAAAUGAAUGGAACACCGAAAU